AUGACGACAGCAAAGAAGCCUCCCGUAACUGUACCUUGCAAAUAUAAAACUGGAAAGGUGCUUGGCAAUGGCACUUAUGCAACUGUGAAAGAGGCGAUGCACGUGGACACCAAGAAAUUUUACGCUGUCAAAGUGAUUAGCAAGAAACUGAUGGAGGGGCGUGAGCACAUGAUUCGUAACGAGAUUAGCAUUCUUCGCAAAGUGUCUGAAGGUCACAAGAACAUACUGAGCUUGGUCGACUACUUUGAAACGAUGAACAAUUUGUAUUUGGUAACUGAUUUAGCAUUGGGCGGUGAAUUGUUCGACCGUAUCUGCCAGAAGGGCAGCUACACAGAGCAAGAUGCUGCCAAUAUCAUCCGAACAGUGUGUGAUGCUGUUGCCUAUUUGCAUGAUAAUGGUGUGGUGCACAGAGAUUUAAAGCCCGAGAAUCUCAUCUUCCGUACAACCGACCCAGAUUCUGACCUGUUGAUAGCUGACUUUGGCCUGUCUAGAAUCAUCGACAGUGACAAAUUUGAUGUUUUGAGGACUACUUGUGGAACUCCAGGAUACAUGGCCCCUGAAAUCUUCAAAAGAGUAGGCCAUGGCAAACCAGUUGAUAUGUGGGCCAUUGGCGUGAUUGCAUACUUUUUAUUGUGUGGAUAUACACCGUUUGAAGGAGAAAACAGCAUUGAAGAAAUGAAUGCCAUCACAAGGGCAGAGUAUCAUUUCCAUGAAGAAUACUGGUCUGAAGUCAGUGACAAAGCUAAAUUCUUCAUUCAACGUUGCUUGACCAUCAACCCCGAAGAGCGCAUUACUGCACACCAGGCAUUGGCUCAUCCUUGGUUGAGCUCAAAUAAUGAUAGCAAACAACAACAGCAACAACAAGAUCUGUUACCUACUGUGCGCCACAACUUCAACGCUCGUCGUACCUUCAAGAAGGCCGUAGAUUUGGUUCGAUUAUCUUAUCAGUUGCGACACAAACAGCUCAUGUCAUCUGCAAGCAAGAGUCGAGCCACCGGUGACGAGGUCAAGGAAGCAGAAAAAGAGAUCAAGCCCGUGAACGAAGGCAUAGAACAAGUUUUGGACACAGAAAAACAACAAUAA